GUUAAAUUAAAGAUUGUUCCUCAUCUUCUGCGGUCCAGACAAGCUGCAGAAACAUUCCCAGCUAACAUUCAGGUGGUUUAUGAUGGGCUCUUUGGUGCAAAUACAAAUGCAAAACUCAGAAUUCUGUCCCUGCAGUUCGUGCAUCAUAUUUGUGUCAUUUGUCCAGAAAGUAAAAUAAAGCCCUUAGGCCCGAUGCUUUUAAAUGGACUUACAAAGCUGAUCGAUGAAUACAAAGAGGAUCCCAAACUGUUGUCAAUGGCGUAUUCAGCAGUUGGAAAACUCUCCGGCCGAAUGCCUCAGCUCUUUGCCAAGGAUAUAGCUCUGGUACAGCAGUUUUUUGAAGCCUUAUGUAAGGAAGAGGCUGAUACCAGGCUCGCUAUUCAGGAGGCCUUGUCUAUGAUGGUUGGAGCAUAUAGCAGCUUGGAAGGAGCCCAGCAUACUCUGAUGGAAGCUCUUGUGGCUUCAUACCUAAUAAAGUCUGAAGUCCAAGUACGUCAGGUGGCCGUGAAGUAUGCCAGCACAGUAUUCCCUCCAGAUCACAUCCCUUCCAGAUACUUACUACUGUUAGCUGCAGGAGAUCCGCGGGAGGAGGUACAUAGAGAAGCCCAGCGGGUGCUGAGAAUGUUUCCUGGUAAAAGUGAAAAGGAGAGUGCUAGGAAUCAGAUGCCUUCCUUCCCUGAAAUGGUCCAUUACAUUCAAGACAAGGUACAGCGCUUCCACCUCGGAGAAUACUGUAACAAGAUUAACACUCUCACAGCCCGUACUAGCAGGGGCUGUGGGAGUGAAGCAGCACCCACAGUGGAGGAAGAAAGAGUUGAUAAUACAGUAGGAUUAUCAUGCCCCAUCCCAUCAUUCUAGUUCUACAUAGAUUUAGGCAAAGCUCCUUCAAUGCUGUCAACUCAUUCAUAUUUAACACAUCCUGGAGAUCUUUUAAGUCUUAGAUAUUAAGUAAUUACAUUCUUAAACAUAAUAAACUAGUACA